CUGCCCCCUCCAAAACUAAAGGCAAAAUAGCCUUUCCGUAGUAGAGAGAAAGAUGGGUAGUAGUGAAUAUCAGACUCUGCACAUUUUCUUCUUUCCCUUCUUGGCUCAUGGCCACAUGAUACCAACCGUGGACAUGGCCAAAUUAUUUGCCGAAAAGGGUGUGAAGGCCACUAUAAUCACCACACCCCUCAACGAACCUUUCAUCUACAACGCCAUUGGAAAAUCCAAAACUAAUGGCAACAAAAUCCACAUCCAAACCAUAGAGUUUCCUUCUGCAGAGGCUGGUUUACUUGAUGGCUGUGAAAAUACCGAGUCAGUCCCUUCCCCAGAAUUGUUGAAUCCGUUUUUUAUGGCCACCCAUUUCCUCCAAGAGCCACUUGAGCAGCUACUGCAAAAGCAACUUCCAGAUUGCAUUGUUGCUGAUAUGUUCUUCCCAUGGGCAACUGAUUCCGCCGCCAAAUUUGGAAUUCCUAGGCUCGUCUUCCAUGGGACUAGUUUCUUCUCCUUGUGUGUUACCACGUGUAUGCCAUUCUAUGAGCCUCAUGACAAAUAUGCUUCUUCUGAUUCUGAUUCGUUUCUCAUUCCUAAUUUCCCGGGCGAGAUUAGAAUCGAAAAGACAAAGAUUCCACCUUAUAGCAAGAGUAAGGAGAAAGCAGGCCUGGCCAAAUUGUUGGAGGAGGCAAAGGAAUCAGAGUUAAGGAGCUAUGGGGUUGUUGUUAAUAGCUUCUACGAACUUGAGAAGGUUUAUGCAGAUCAUUUUAGGAACGUACUUGGAAGAAAAGCGUGGCAUAUUGGUCCCUUAUCUCUAUGCAAUAAAGACGCAGAAGAGAAAGCACGUAGAGGAAAGGAGGCAUCUAUUGAUGAGCAUGAGUGCCUGAAGUGGCUAAACACAAAGAAACCCAAUUCAGUUAUUUAUAUAUGCUUUGGAAGUACAGUAAAGUUUCCUGAUUCUCAACUUAGAGAAAUUGCUAAGGGUCUUGAGGCUUCAGGGCAACAAUUCAUUUGGGUCGUUAGGAAAAGCGGAGAAGAAAAGGGAGAGAAAUGGUUACAUGAUGGAUUUGAGAAAAGAAUGGAAGGCAAGGGACUAAUCAUAAGAGGGUGGGCGCCUCAAGUGUUGAUUCUUGAACACCAAGCGAUUGGCACGUUUGUGACACAUUGUGGAUGGAAUUCAACGUUGGAAGCAGUGACUGCAGGGGUUCCCAUGGUCACUUGGCCUAUUUUCGCCGACCAAUUUUUCAAUGAGAAGUUGGUGAUUGAGGUCCUUAAAAUUGGGGUACCUGUUGGUGCUAAAACAUGGCUUGGAAUGCAGGGAGAUAGUAUUUCAUGUGAUGCAGUGGAGAAGGCAGUGAAGAGGAUAAUGACAGGGGAAGAAGCCAUUGAAAUGAGGAACAAAGCAAAGGUGCUUUCACAUCAAGCUAGGCGGGCCAUGGAAGAAGGUGGAUCAUCCAACUCUGAUUUUAAAGCUUUAAUUGAGGGAUUAAGUUCGUUGAGCCACUAAUAUACCACCAUCAACACUAUGCAUGCAUUUACUCUCAAGAUUAUUUGUUAUCUAAAUUUUAAUGAUUUAAGCUAAAAUAGUUUAAAAUCCUGUCGACCUAAUUUUUUUUUA